GGAAACGGGGCGUCUCCCUUCGUUUAAUCUUUUCCCAGAGUUCCUUUAAGGAACCACACCCCCUCAUUUCCGGUUUGAGGAUGGCGGCGACGGGUCGCUCUUUGGUGCAAUACGUGGUGCUGAGGGGCGAUUUGUUGCGCGAGCCUUUCUCGUGGCCGUUGGGGGCCUCGGUGGCUCAGGCCUGCCAUGCGGCCUUGGCCGUGGUCCACGCGUACUACGAGCAUCCAGACACCGCGGCUUAUCUAGCCCAGGAUGGCAGCAUGAGGACCGUGGUGCUGGAGGCUCCAGAUGAGUGUACCUUGAGUACAUUAGCAGAGAGACUGCAACAGAAUGGUAUUGAUCAUAAAGUCUGGAUAGAACAACCAGAAAACAUAGCUACUUGCAUUGCCCUCCGUCCCUACCUGAAAGAACAUGUACAUCAGCAUCUAAAGAAUUUCAAACUCUUGAAAUGAUCCUUUCCCUCUGUAACCAUGAACAUUUGACCAGAUAAAAGUAUACUUCCCUUGUUUUUUUUCCACAGCCUCCCUUUGCAAUAUAAAAAUUGUGAGGUGCAAGAAUUUACUUCAAUCAGAUUAUUUCAUAAAGAUAUAAAAAUAAUGGGAUUGAUAUCAUUAGGAAGCAAGGUAUCUCAUGGUGUGACAUAAGACAAUUUUCUCAAUGUAAGAGGAAACGUUUGGUGCCUUAAUAUUAAAGAGGUGAUUCAGGGUAUUAACCUGCCCAGAGUUGCUUUAUUGGUGAGAUGGAUGGCAUAUAAAUUUAAUAAAUAAUAAAUCAUUGUUCCUGGGAUUUGAUUGCUUAUUUAGAUAUAUUUACAUUAGGAAAUAUUUGGGGUAGCAGGAUAUUCUAGUUUUUUUUAUUUGCACUAAUAAUAGUGGUAGUUCAUAGAUGCAGAAAGAACCCUUCUGAGCUUUUAGAAAGCUUUUGACAAAAUCUCACUAAAAACAUAAAAUUCAUGAAUAAAGAUGGGGUCUCUUAUGAACGCUGUUAUAUGUGUAAGGAAAAUAGCUUCAAUAAUCUAUUUGAGAUCUGCAUUUUUAAAUUUAUUUACAAAUAUGGAGGUUGAGCAGUGAUAACAUCAGGAUGAUAGAAAUGAAAAGGAAUUUCAAAGCGCUCAAAAGAGACAUCUCUAUAUAUAGGUGAAUGUGAACAGAAUGUUAAGUAUGGUUCAAUUUAGCAAGGUAUGAUAAUACUGUAAAAAAGUGCUGUGCACUGAAGGCGACAAUGGAAUAUCCAGGAUAAGCAGAUGAAAGAAUUCUUUUGCUUGAUAUAUAAUAAAAGUAUAUAAUUUUCUUUCACAAACUGAUGAUGAUGAUGGUCUUCAACUCUCAAGUCUAAUUUUGAAAAGGAAUUAGACAAACUCAUGGAGAAUCUAUUACUAUGCUUGCAUGACAUAUUUGCUUGUAAUUUAAUCAUCUGAAUCGAUUAAAUCAAUUUUGUAUAUUUGCCGGAUCUCUUCAUUCAUCAUACUAGGCUAAAAUGUCAUUGGGUACCAUUCAUUAUUCAAUCCAUUAUAUAAAUGCAGCCAGUGGCCUCUGUUCAUAUGUUUUUGCUGCUGCCAGUAUCAGUAGUGACAUAAUUUUUAAAUACCAGUUGUUGGGAAGCAAUAGGGGAGAAAAUCUUAUCCUCUUUAAGUCUUUCUUGUAGACUUAGUCUUGGUCUUCAUUUUGAUUGGUUAUUAUGGGAAGAAUGCUGGUGGACUGGUAAAUUUGCAGUCUAAUAUUGCUCUUCUAGAUCAGAGGAGUCAUCUGUUUAAAUUAAUUUGGUUGGUAAUGACUCCUUCUGGGUACUUGAACGGAAGACAGCUAUCAUAUUGAAUUGUUCCCUUCAACAUGUAGGCUGAAGUUUUACAAUUCAGUGAUUCAUAAAUUAGUGAAUUACAUUUUAGCCCAAAGUAUGGGAAGCAGGAGCAGGUAACUAGUCCUGUGUACUGUAAAGCAAAAAAAUAUUUCUGCAAAAACUUUAAUGGCAUGUAAUUCAUUUAAGACAGUUAUUUUGAUUUUAUACUGUAUAUCCCAAGUGAAUGUAUUGAAUAAUGCACUGUAAAAGUUCCAUAUUGAAAUCACAGUCUGUUUGUGUUGAAAUAUCUUAUUAGCCUCCUGGUAAAAAAGAUGGCUUUAUUAUGCUGUGGUUUGGGGCUUCCUUCACAGCCACUCAUCAGUUACCAGGAUUGGCUAAUCAAUAGCUGAAAAACGGUUAAGGAGAUAUAUGUGUAAACUUGGAUGAAUUAAACUGAAGUGAUAAUG